AUGGCACUCUUUCGCCUCACAUUCCCAUCACUCUCCCGAUCCAGCCCCCGAUGGACUGAGCACUUGACCAAAGAAGAGGUCGAAGAGUUCUCCGCUCCUCACUCAGACAGUAUCAUCCUCCUCGAAUCUUUCCUUAUCGCGCACGGCAUAGAUAUCACAGGCGACGCGCUCGAACACCCGCAAAUGAUUGGAUCUCACUCAAGACCACCAUUGAAAUUUCAGAGAAACUUCUCGACACAACCUAUUCAAUAUAUGCAAACCACUGCGAUUCGCACAACAUCAUAUAGUUUUCCUGCUCACCUUCACGACCAUAUCGACGUCGUUCAGCCUACGAACUUCUUCCCUUCUGGUCGACCUCUCUUGUCAUCUUUGAUAGUUGACGAUGGCUCCUUCAACCAGCAAAGCGGUCCCGCCCCAGCCCCAGUACCACAACCAAACAUGUCGCUCCCAGAGCUCAAAACGCUCUAUCGCACCGAUGCGUACAAGGCUAAAGGAACGCGAAGUUCAAUCGGUAUCACCGAAAAACUGUAUAAACUAAAAUAUGAUGUUAUGUACCUCGAGCAAUAUGCGAACCUUGCUGACCUUAAACAGUUUUUCUAUCGUCCAGCACUGAAGAGUACUCUCCAUGUAGAGCUUAUCAACGGAGCAAUCAACUCUCAGAACAUUUCCGAGGCUGGCAUCGAGGCUGAUUUGGAUGUCCAAUUCGCGGGAGGGAUCUCGGUGAGCUACCUCACCUCUGCGCAAUGGGGAUUCCGGGCUACUCAAUCACCCCUUGAAAUCUGUUUUGAUGGCAGUACCCUGUCAAGCAAAUACAUAUGGUUGCGGCCAAAUACGAGCCGGAGCAUCAGCUAUGAGGAUAACGGCAAUGAACCCUACGACGUUUUUCUCACUUACCUCCUUAGGGAGAAAACAAAGGAUCUUCCUCAAGUGUUGACUACCAGUUAUGGUGAGGAUGAGGAUACAGUUCCGAUCAACUACGCCCGACGUGUGUGCAAGCUUUACGCUGCACUGGGGACGCGGGGUGUUAGCGCUCUGCAUGCCUCGGGCGAUGGAGGUGUAGGCCGCGUGGGGGAAACAGGAGCUUGUUUCACCCCCAAUAGGUUCGUGCCUAUCUUCCCUGUCGUGCUGCUUGAAGCGUCACGACUGACGUACCAAAUUCCCGGAACAACAGUUCGCUCCUCCGGAGGGGGGUUUAGUGAUUACUUCCCCCGCCCAUGGUACCAACACCGUGCAGUACCGAGAUACCUUAAAACACUCGGAAGCACGUAUGAAGGAUUGUUCAACAAGAAUGGGAGAGCCUAUCCUGAUGUUGCGGCUCAGGGCUAUCGGUAUCUUAUCGUGUAUCAAGGGAAAGUCAUACGUGUCUCGGGUACGAGCGCUUCGACACCUACUUUUGCUGCGAUAAUCGCGCUCUUAAACGAUGCUCUACUCUCCAAAGGUCGCAGACCCCUCGGAUUUCUCAACCCGUGGAUUUACUCUCUCAAACCGGGCAUCCUGAACGACAUCACUACGGGUAGCAACCCAGGUUGUGGAACGACAGGGUUCAAUGCGACGAGAGGUUGGGACCCUGCAACUGGAUUUGGAACGCCUGAUUUGCCGAGACUUCUUAAGGCACUUAAGCUUUGA